AUGAAACUAAUACGAGUGUUAAGUGUGGUUAUUUUCCUUAUACAUUCGUCAUGCGGGGCCAGAAUUUUGUUUACUUGUCCAGCUGCGUCGUAUAGCCACCAAAUUUUCUUCAGGAAGAUAUGGCUUGAACUGGCCAGGAAGGGCCACGAUCUCGUGGUCAUGACAACUGACGUGAUGGAAAAUGCUCCGAAAAACGUGAGACAAAUCGAUUGGAGUGGAGCGUAUCAUAUAAGACACCACGUCCACAAUGUAAGCAACAUUUACCUCAACGACGCAAGUUACUAUCAAAAGAUGAAGUCUAUUAUGAAAUGGAUUGAAGACACAAAUGACUUCGAGUUGUCCCAUCCAGACGUUAAGGAGUUAUUAAACGACAAAACCGAACAUUUCGAUGUGGUAAUCAAUGAAAUCCAUUUGGAGGUUUUCAACGCUUUUGCUGUUAGGUUUAAUUGUCCAUUGAUUGGAGUAUCCUCCGCCGAAAUCAUGAACGGUCACUACGAAACGCUCGGAAUUCCAUCACACCCAAUACAAUACUCAGACGUGAUUUUACCAUUUUAUGGACCACAAUCCAUAUUAGAGCGAAUGGUGUCAGUAGGGUUUUACUUAUUUAAAAAGACAUUUCCUUUAUUAAGUUUGAUUAAGAGGAGUGAAGGUGUUGAUCAGGUUGAGAAAUAUUUCGGGCCUAAUAUGCCCAGCAGGGAAGAUAUCGUAAGGAAUGUUAGUUUGGUGCUCAUCAACUCCCAUCCCGUUUAUAACAGCCGCCCUUUAUCGCCGUGGCUGGUGAGGAUUGGGGGGCAACUCCAUUUGGAUUCACCAAAACCAUUACCGAAGGAUGUACAAGAUUUUCUAGAUUCGGGCAAAGAUGGUGUCAUAUAUCUCAGUUUUGGCACCAAUGUUAAGAGUGACCACGUAACACCAGAAUUGCAAAAAAUACUGCUUCAAACUUUUAAGGAGCUUCCCUAUAAAGUGCUGUGGAAAUUCGAAACUGAAUUAAAUACGGACAAUGGCAACGUUAAAUUUGCUAAAUGGUUGCCACAACAGGAUGUUCUCAGACAUAAAAACAUCAAACUCUUCAUCACGCAAGGAGGAGUCCAAUCAGUGGAUGAAUCCAUAGCCAACCACGUACCAUUAUUAGUAGUACCUUUCGUGAGUGACCAAAAGUUUCAGGCCAAGAAGAUCUCAACUUUAGGCAUUGGGGUGAGCUUGGAUAAAUAUAAAGUGACAAUAGAAUCGCUGAAGGAAGCAAUUUUAACGGUCAUCAACACGCCGAAAUACAAGAAGACUGUUGAGGAGUUAUCAAACGUUUUCAAUGACCAACCUAUGUCAGGUUUGGACACGGCAGUCUGGUGGAUAGAAUACGUUAUACGACAUAGAGGGACGAAGUACUUGAAAUCAUCAUUUUUCCAAAUUCCUUGGUAUCAAUAUUUUUUUCUGGAUGUCGGUUUAAUAUUUAUUUUAACUUCAUAUACUUUAUACAAAAUCCUUAAAUUUGUUAUUAUGCUGUUUAUAAGGUUGUUUGUUAAAUUAAGGAAAAUAAAAAAUGAAUAA